UCAGUGGGAUGAGCACACCCGUUUUGUAGCGUCCACAAAAACAGACACCUGUUCCAGCACUUGGAUCAAUCUUGCUAUCGUUCCCAUGCGCUCCUGCUAGCAUCAUAAUAGGUGUGACCACAAGAUGGUGAUAAGCCGGAAGAUGGUGCCCCUGGUAUCAUUUUUGGCUGCCCUUCGCAUCCUCACCGAAGCACAAAGUUGCAACAACGGAGUAGGAAAAUUGAUGUUCGAAAGAGUUGCCGAUUACAAGCUUUCCGGAACAGGCAGCAAUAGUUUUGGAGGCACCAGGAGAGCAGAAGUUAUUACUAGGAAGGACCUUCCCAUUAGGGUGUUGUCCGAAUGCAUAAGAAGAUGUGCGGAGGACCGCACCACAACACAACAUGUGCCACAGUGUCGAUCGUUCGACUUCCUGCCGGGCAAGAGGCUAAGCCCAGUGCCCGCGCAUGAGGGCAACGACGUCUCGUCAGCCAGAAAUGGGGUCGUCGCUGAAUACGAGGAUUCCAGCUGCUACCUCUACUAUGACCAGGCGUCGCCCGAUGGCAUGGAGACGCUCGUCCAGCAGAACGACGUCUGGCAUUUUAACGAGAUAUGUAUCACAUCUAGCAAAGUGAGCACGGAGUGCAGCAAUCGCUUGUACGUGAUGGAGAGGACCCCCGGUUUCCGAUUCGAGGGGACGAGCGACCGAGAGGUGUUUGCCGUGAACAGGACCGACUGCGAGAGCAAGUGCAUAAACGAGGAGAGUUUCAAGUGCCGCUCUUGCAGCUUCGACAGGGCGGGUUCCGUGUGCAGGCUGAGCAGGGAGACGAAGGCCAUGAACCCCACUGGCUUUGUUUCGGAUGCCAACAGCGAUUACAUGGAGAAUCUUUGUCUUUCAGGCUCCGAUCUGUGCUCCGCCACUGCUCUGAUCCUGGAAGCCGGCAAAGAGUUGGAGGGUGCUUACGAACGUGACCUGUUCUCAGUGCGUGACUUCAAGGACUGCUCGGACAAGUGUAUCCACAGCCUCACAGAGCGAGGGUUCAUGUGCAGGUCUUUCCUCUACUAUGACAAGAGUAAGACAUGCGUUCUGUAUCCGGAUGAUCCGGUAGGAGAUGCUGAGGGCCCAGAUGCACAGAAGCCCCUCAAGCCUAGCACUGGUGACUUGUACCGGCUCUUUUGCGGGACAUCGGAUAGAGAUGCCCUGAUCAACAACCUGACAUUCGAAUGCUAUCGGCGGAAGCGCCUUGACGGACCCCAACAGGCCGAAACCAAGUCAUACUCUUUCCAGGAGUGUUUGGAUGAGUGCAUGAGGCGCUACGGUCGGGACUGUCGGUCCGUCGAGUACAGCUCCAGAUAUCAGUCCUGCCGAUUCAGCCGGUACGACGGCGGCAUGAAACCUAGUCUAGUGGAUGACGACUUUUACGAUUACUACGAGUUCAAGUGGUUUCGAGGUGUGGGCGGCAAUGCAGCCAGUGGAGGUUUUGGAACCCGAGGAGGUGGACCGUGGUCAUCGGGUUCUUCAGGUGGCAUGGGAGGAUCCGGAUCCAUGGGAUCUAUGGGUGGAAUGGGUGGAAGUGGUGCCAGCUGGCCCAGCAGCGGAGGCUCUUCUGGAGGAUCAGCGGGGGCUUGGAGCAGCGGAGGUGGAGGCAGUAGCAUGUGGAGCGGAGGAAGUGGAGGUUCGAUGGGAGGUGGAUCCGCUUCGUGGCCAAGCGGAGGUGGCAGUUCUGCCUCCAAUGCCUGGUCAUCGGGUGGAGGCGGCAUGAGUGCAGGUGGAUGGGUCAGUGGUCCACCAGAUGGAUGGACAAGUGGAUGGACGAGUAGCGGUCUGUUUCCAAGUGCUGGAGUGCCCCCACCACCCCCUGGAGCUGUAUUACCACCUUGGGCAGGACCUCAUUUUGGAUGGCCAGCAUUACCCCCUCUCAUAGGUCCUCACAGUGCCCCGGGACCUUUGUUCCCACCUCCCCCUCCACCCCCUUACCCGCCGAUUCCUCCCCCAGAGCUGUGUGGGAAAUCUGGAGGCAUUGGGACCUUCAAAAAGAUCGGCCACGGCAUGCGCUUGAGAAGCCAUUUUAUCAUCCGGGUGGUCAGGGCUGAGACCCUGCCAGAUUGUGAAAGAGCCUGCAUGGAAACUAGAGAUUUUGCUUGCCUCUCUUUUAAUUUCAGGUCUUUCUUCCCUGACAAUUGUGAGUUAAGUGAUCAAGACAGUCAUUUAGUGCAGAUUGGAAGCCCCUUGUAUUUCGAAUUGGACACUCAGUUUGAUUAUUACGAGCGUGAGCCUAUAGGUGUUUCACCUGGAUGUCUGGAUGUGAGCCAGUCCUGCACAUUGGAUGGUAUGGAAUUCACACUGAAAACACCAGACGGAUUUUAUGGAAGAAUUUACACUUACGGAUUUUAUGACACUUGCUUUUACGAUGGGAACGGCGGAAAUGUGAACGUCUUGCGCAUUUCCAGAGCGAAUGGUUUCCCACGUUGUGGAACUCAGCAAUACGGAGACGUCAUCACCAACAUUGUUGUAGUUCAGUUUAACGAUUAUGUACAGACUUCCAGAGACAAGAAAUACAACUUGACCUGCUACUUUUCGGGUCCAGGGGAAGCAGUCGUUACUUCAAAUUAUUUGGACACUAGAACUGAUGGGAGAUACCCAACACAAAUCGAACACUUACCGGCUCAGAAUGUGCUGACAUCGAGUGUUGUGCUGAAAGUUCUGUACCGAGGGGCGCCAACGACGACGAUUGCAGUAGGCGACCUUCUUACAUUUCGUCUUGAAGCAAGAGGCAACUUCCAUUGGGAGUAUUUUGCUGACAUUUUUGCAACGAACGUUAUCGCCAAGGAUCCUUAUUCCGGACGACAGGUGCAUCUCAUCGACGCUCGAGGAUGUCCUGUUGACUUGUAUGUAUUCCCUGAGCUGCAUCGAACCCCUGACGGGGCUCUGGAGGCCGAAUUUUAUGCUUUCAAAAUUCCCGAUUCGAAUCUUCUAGUAUUUCAAGCUACUGUCCAGACAUGCCGAGGACCUUGCGAGCCUGUUGUGUGCAGCGAAAAGGCCCGACCUGGGACUUUCCCUUCUUGGGGUCGAAAGAAAAGGUCGGUUUCCACCGAGCCCAAAACUGACGAAACGAAGCCUGCCGCGAACGACACAGAUGCCGUCGAAGAAGAGGAACCAGAAGAGGUGCACGAAUUACUCAAAGUCUACCUCUCGAGGUCUGAUAUUCCACCAGAAGAAAUCACGCCAGUGAGUGAUAAGAGUUCGACAGUUUGUGUUGCCCAAGCUGGCUACUAUGGAAUGAUAGCGACGGUUGUCCUUCUGAUGUGUCUUGUAGUCGCCGUGGUGGCCAUGUCAUACUUCUUCAUCAGGAGAACGAGAAGAAUGGUGAAGAAAAUGGCAGCAUCUGGUAUGGCUCCAACGAAUCCAGACAGCUCUUACGUUUCUCAGUUUCAAGUAAGAAAUUUCGCGGAUCCAAGUGAGCCUAUUUACACAGAUCCGUCUUUAUUCGAAAGACCUCGAAAUACUUUACGAAGCAUGACGGCUCGUACUUUAGGUAAACUAAAUAACGAUGUGGACUGACUUGAAACAAACUUUAGUCUCAAGUAUGGUAAAUUUAGAACGAUUCCUAGCUCCUUGAAGGAGAAAGGAAUGCAACAGUGAUAACAGAUGAGAGAAAAGGACAAUUGAUAUUUUUCUUUACUUUUUAUAUUUCAUUUGAAUUUCAUUGCUAUAACCCAUCAUGAAUUUGCUUCCAAUCUGGAAAUUGCCGGGUAUUCGAACAAUUAUAUACAGAACUUGAAAUAUUCCUGCGUCAAGUGUUUCGCAUUUUUUUUUGUGCAUUAUUUUUUUUCAGGUUUUAUUUAACAAAAACUAUUUGUGCUUCAAGCUUACUUUAUCUUGAAUUGAUUCUAUCAUUCUUGUAUAUAUGUUUAUUAUAGCAUACUUUAUAAGUAUAUAUUGAUAUUUUUUAUUAAAGGGCUCCCAAAAAAUAUACAACAAAGACUUUUUUGUAAAUUUAAAAAAAAAAUAUAUAUCAUAAAAAUAAAAAAACAACAACAAAAAACAAAGAUGGGGGGGGGGCAAAAAAACCUAAUAUAAUAAUAAUAAAAAAAAAUUUGCUUUUCUGUUAUGUAAAGCAGCUGGAAAGAAUAUUGAAAAAAAAAAAUGAAAGAGAAUAUGAAACAAUUAAUACAGGAAAUAACUGCGAUGGAAAAAAAUAAACAAAUAAAUAAAAAAAUUUCUGAACAAGGCAGAAGGAAAGAAUAUUGAUAUUUUUUUAAAAAUAUUUUUUGCCUUAGGAGUAAGGAUAUUUUUUAUAAAAUAUGUCCACAAAAUUUAAAGUUAAGGGUUAGAUUAUUCAAAUAAUUGAGAAAAAAUAAUGUGAAUAUAAUUUUAAAAAAUAACCUGCUUUUUUAUUAGAUAAUUUGCUCAAAAGAAUUUAGACAUAUUUCUAAAAUUUUGUAUACUCAUUAAAAAUGAAUUACUUUAAGUGAAUUUUUCAUUAAAUCAAAAGUUUCAGUUGUUCUUUUUCAAUCUUCUCGGGACAAAAAGUGAAAUUUAUAGGCUAAUUUUUAUUCUAUAUUAAUGUAAAACAAACUAAAAAAAUUAUAUUGCAGAUUUGCAUUACAGAAAUUUAAUAUUUAUUGAAAAAUUUGAAAAACAGCAAUAUAUUACCUGAUUCUUUUAAUUUCUCUUUCAUUAAAAUGGUAUAUAAAA